UUUUGACGUUUUGUGAUAUUGAGUUUUGUGUUUUGUUGCUUUCGAGCUAUUUUAAUUAAUUAAAUCCAAUUCAAAACAAAUCCCACUUCACAAAUUUAAAUUUCGUUAUUACCUACCUGUGAACCUCUACUUGUAAUUUAAUAGGUCCCAGUUUGUUUUAUUUUCACUUCGGAUUACUCAACUUCUAUUGAUUUGUUAUCAUAACAUUGUUAUAAAAAUGAAUUAUGAAGCGAAUAGGCUCAAUACGUUUUCUAAUUGGCCAUCGUCGGCUGUAGUGGAUCCUAUAAGGAUAGCAAAAGCCGGUUUCUUCUAUACUGGGCAAGGUGUGGAGGUGCAAUGCUUCAGUUGCGGUGGGAAGAUAUCUGAGUGGAACUACGGAGACCAGGCGAUGGGCCGGCACCGGAGGCUUGACCCUGACUGCCCCUUCGUGGUGGACCCUCAGGCCUCGGGCAACGUCGCCCUGGUGCUGGACCAGAGGUGCCCGGAGCCCACCUCGUCCAGAGAGCGUCCCAGUAAUCCUUUAAGUCCUAUGGACAUAGUCCAUGAUUACGGAGUAACGGAAGAAGAUGAGAUGUACAAGUGUGAUGCACUGCGGCUCCUCUCUUUUGUGAAUUGGGAUGAUAGUUCAGUGUCCCGUGAGGCGCUGGUCCGUGCGGGGUUCUACCACGCAGGUGGCGGCCGGCUGCGCUGUGCGUGGUGCGGAGGAGAGCUAGCCAGCAUGAGGCGGCUCGGGGCACUGGGGGACCCCCUUGAUGUUCAUUUGAGGUACUUCCCCGGCUGUUCGCACGCGGACCGUCUGUCCGCGGAGGACGCGGCGGCGCGCGCGCGCCCCAUGACGCCGCCGCCGCUGGUGCCGCCGCGCCCGCGCCGCUCCGCCGAGGAGACGGAGUCCGACGACCCUAACUCGCCCACGUAUAGGAAUAAGCAGCCGCAGUCGGAAGGAGCCAUCCACAACCAGCGAGUCCUAUCAGGCAGCGGCACCUGGCGGUCACUAGGCGUGGUGGGCGGCGCGGGCGGCGCAAGGCACCCCAACAAGGGGUCUAUAGCGUCGCGCCUGGCGACCUAUACCACGUGGCCGGUUGAUCGCACGCAGACUCCGCAGGACAUGGCUGAGGCGGGCUUCUUUUAUACUGGGGCUGAGGAUCAGGUCCGCUGCUUCUACUGCGACGGCGGGCUGGGCAAGUGGGAGGCGGGCGACGCGCCGUGGCGGGAGCACGCGCGCUGGUUCCCGCACUGCGGCUUCCUCGUGCUGGUGAAGGGGCAGGACUUCGUGAACAGCUGCAAGGUCAAGCAGAGCAGUAAGAGUAUUCCGUCAGACUCAGUGAUGAGUGCUCGCCGUGUUACGGGACAGUCGGGCGGCCACAGCGUCACUGAGAGUCAGAUAGCGGAACAGAUGGAGAGUGCGAUAGCGAGCGCGGCGCUGGGCGCGGGGCUGGACGCGGCCCGCGUGCGCCGCGCCAUCGUGCGCCGCCUUAGGUACAGCGGAAUCCCGUUCACUUCAUCGGAAGCGCUAAUAGACGCGGUUUUGGAUGAACAACUGAACGAGGAGGCCUGGAGCGUGACCCCGCCCGCGACAUUGUACGCGAGGGAGUUACUCAUUGAUACCAUCCGACGGUAUAAUACUAGCUCGCAACCCUCCUGGGAGUCCCGGCCACACAGCCGUGCGUCCCCCCCCGCCAGCCCGAGGUCACUGACCCCGGAGCGUCGCCCCCGCGCGCCCUCGCCCCGCGCCGCGCCUUCCUCUGUCGACGGACGAGCCGCCAACAGUUUGGCAGCUAAUAUAAACUCGACAUCAGUUCAGCCGGACGGCGCGAGCAGUCCGUCUCCGGAAGCGAAGCCAGUCUCGCUAGAAGAAGAGAAUCGACAGUUGCGCGAGGCAAGACUGUGUAAAGUGUGCAUGGAUGACGAGGUGAGCGUGGUGUUCCUGCCGUGCGGGCACCUGGUGUCGUGCGCGGCGUGCGGCGCGGGGCUCGGCGCGUGCCCGCUGUGCCGCGGCAAGGUGCACGCGCUCGUGCGCGCCUACCUCGCGUGACCGGUUUGCCCGUUAUCACAUCUGAAGUCAUCACCGCUCUGCUACGGCGCCCCAAUCUUACGUGUCUACUAUAUUGUUACUAUCCAUGUUACCUAUCACUCGUUAGAUCUAGCAUUGUGUUCUGAUUAUAUUUUAUUCUUAUCCCGUUACUAAUAUACAUGGUUUAACGUUAAAGUGGCUAACUUUGCUCUGUUUGGUAUUGUUUUGGCUUUGGAAUUUUGGAUAUUUUGGAACUAUGAGACGACUCGAAGUAGCUUAUCCAACGUUAUGCCAUGUUUAUUGAUGCAAGGGAUCUUGAAUACUCCAAUUUAAUAAACUUGGCAUGUAGGUAAUUGAAUAAAUAAUAUUUAUGUGUAAGAAAGUUUAGAUCAAAGUUUUAAAAUCAUGCUUUGCCAAAUCUAUUAAAUUGUCUGUUUCGUGUUGGACAGAUAAUGUUAUAAGUAGUUAACAAAGUACCAUAUCGAAUAUUAUUAUUAAUAUAGUUUUCUAUACAGAGUGGAAUUUUUUAAGUUAAAUUACCGAUGACAGAUGACAAGUUCAAUUCCAGUGUUGGUACCAUAAUUAAUGUCGAUGUCGAUGGCGCGUCCAUUGAAAUGUCCUUCCGAAGAUCAUUGAUAAAAUGUCACCUUGUAUGAGUGAACACAACUGUUGCUCGCAAAUCUAAAAAGUAUAUUGAUAAGAAGAAGAUUAUUAAGAAUGUCACACAUAACUGUCCAACAUAUUUUAAAUAAGUUAAUUUUGUUUAAUAUAUUAUUCUUCAUAUUUAUGGGCACUUAGCUUACAUAAGAUGUAUGCUUUCAGUGUGUUUUAAACUUACGCAGCAUUGCUAAAGCAAUGACUAUUGUUAUUAUAAUAUAUUAAUUGGGAAGUACGGAGUACGGGUAGGAAAGUUAAACUAAAAAAUAUGGUUUUUCAGGGUAAUCUGUCGAACCAUUUUAAAUGUACAGAAAGUGAUUUAAAAAAAAAACUCGGAACCCUCUAAGUGAGACGUGCAUAAGUCGAGUAAUUAAUAGCAUUAAUAAAAUUAAGGAUUAACGUUGGAUAUAAUAGCAUAUGUAUGUAUAAAAAUUUUCCCAGUCCAAUAAACAAGUUAAAAACACAAGUUACUAUACAGCAGUUGGAUACUAUUAGAGCCUUGUAGUAGUAGUAUGUUUUAAAUACUCUGCAUGUGGCGUUUUUAAAAACAUUUGACAUAAGUAUUGACAACUAAUAACGCCGGCGGAUAAAGAAACAAUAUUUAAUUAUGAAAAUGGCGUACGUACUCAUGCUAUCUUGCUCUAAUCAUAGGCUUUUUAAUACUCCUUCCUUAUACAGGUUAUAUUGUAAGCCGAAUUUUCGAAAGUUGUAGAACAAAAGUUUCACAGAAUCAGAAUGACGUGCUGAGUCGCACAUCUUCGGGUUACUAUAUCACUUUUGCAACAUCCUGUAUAACAAGCGCCAUUUUGAAAUUGCUUCUUUAUUCACCGGCUUAUUCGCUUGCAUGUUACUAUAUUAUAAGUUCAUUUGUAAAUCGGGAAAAGUGCGAUGAACAAGAAUUUGUAACGUAUCCACAAUACACCAAUGUAAACAGUGUCCUUAUUAAAGAACUGCGAAUUGAAAAAUCGACUAUAAAUAAGAAUAAUAACGAUCGCGAAUGGAUUUGAUAAAUUAUCGCCCACUUUUGGGGCCGCUUAGUUAAUAAUUUAAUAUAGAGUUAGAAAAAGUUAAUAGAUAAUCCAAAUAUAAGUAUCGAAAAAAUGCUUAGUAAACUGGAUAAGUAUUUGGAAUGUUCUAUGAAGUAGUGGUAAAUAAGAUCUGUGUAUCGUUUAUAUUAGACGCUUAUUGACGUAAAUGUUUAAACCCAAAAUUGAGAAAAUAAGUAUACAUUAAUGUUUUUAAUUAUUCAUAAUCAGUCAAAACACAUAAUUUGUUAUUAUAGGCAUCCCCAGAGGACGCGACAGAUUUCAGGAAGUUGGAUCAUGUUUUAAUGGGUCUCAAUCAUGUAACGUGACUGAAAUAUCACACUACGGUUUUUGUUUUUAAUGUGCAGUCAUAUGACCACCAAACUAUGGUAUGACCAUCGAACAUCCAGUGAAAUUAAUAUAAGGAAUGCAUAUGAGUUUUUGUUACAAAGUAAGGGCUUAUAGAAUAUAUGUGACAAGGCCUAAUAGUGGAAAAUCAUUAAAAACGCAUGAUAAAACUUUACUUUUAACCCCUGACACAAAAGUAGGGUGUUAUAAGUUUUAAGAGUGUAUUUAUAUUAUAAUAUUUAUCGGUUCAUUAGGCCGUAGGCUCUAGCGUGUUACAAAGGGUAAUGUGAGAGAGAAUAGAUAUUUAGUUCGAAAUGUUCGAAAAUUAUAUUCAUGUCUAGCUAGGUAUGCCUAGAGCUUCUUUUUGUCCGGACAUUUUUAUUUCAUUGUACAUUAAUAGUAGAUAUACACCUACAUAAUUCGGUAGGCGUAUUGAUAAAGUAAUAUGUACCUACGUUGGAGUUUAAAAUAAAACACGCUGGAUAUGUUUAUUUAGAUAUUGCUCUCUGUCUAAGCGAGAGGAAAGUUAAUAAAAUGUCCACCAUUUUAUGUUUUAACUGUAAUAGUUACUAUAGUAAUAUUUUGGCAACAUCCUGUAAAGAGUCAUUUGUCUGAUGAGUUCACCAAAUAGACAGGAGUUAGACAAAAAAAUCGAAUAUUAUUUGAUGUAAGCCAAUUGGUAGAUGGCAGGUUGCCUAGAAAAAAAUAUGUAAAUAAUGUGAGCUAGGCAUACAAAUAUGUAAUAGGACGUUAAUAAAAACUAAACAAAUAUAUGUAUUUAAGUUAAUUGUGAUUAAUUUGUUAAAUAUGUAGGCAUCAGUGUACCUACUUAUAAAAUAAAUUGUUUUUAAACCUG